UCUGGAGGAGGAAGGCGCUGAGCUCAAACUACGGAAGCUCGGCAGCAGCGUGGCGGCCUUCGGCGGAUUCGAAGUUUCUUAAAAUGGGCCGCCGUUCAUCAGACACUGAAGAAGAGACGAGAAGCAAAAGAAAAAAGAAACAUCGCAGGAGGUCAUCCUCAAGUAGUUCUUCAGAUAGCAGAUCGUACAGCCGUAAGAAAUCGGGAAGAAAGUCAAGGUCAAGAUCUCGAGAUCUUCAGUUUCACUCACAUUCAUAUGAAAAGAGGCGCAGGCAUCGAUCUAGCAGUAGUUCUUCAUAUGGAUCCAAGCGAAAGCACAGCCGAAGCCGAUCAAGAGGUCGAGGAAAAUCAAAUAGGUCUCAGAGAUCAAGAUCAAAGAGCAGAACAAGAAGGUCACACUCGAGGCCUCAUCAGCGUUCCUAUAGCCGAAGUAGCGAAAGGACCAGUCACCGAAGAACUCGAAGCAGAUCUCGCGAUAAAGAAAGACGUAAAGGCAGAGAUAAAGAGAAAGCAAGAGAGAAGGACCGGGUCAGAGGGAAAGAGAAGGACCAACAUCACACCAAGAUAGGGGAUGCUGGAAACAUCAAAACUGGAUUAGAACAUCUGUCUGCUGCUGAACAGGCCAAAGCUAGAUUACAGCUGGUUCUUGAAGCUGCUGCUAAAGCAGAUGAAGCAUUAAAAGCUAAAGAGAGAAGUGAAGAAGCAAAGAAGAAAAAGGAAGAAGACCAAACCAGCCUUGUAGAACAAGUGAAACGAGUGAAAGAAAUUGAAGCAAUCGAAAGUGAUUCCUUUAUUCCACAAGCAUUCAGAUCAAGUAAAGAAGUAAAAAAGGCGACAGAACCUGUUGAAGUAAAGAUUGAACCUGCAGCAGUAGGUGUGACAAAUGCUGGUUUGGUUAGUACUGAAAAAGAAAUAGUGACUACAAGUAUUCCUACUGCUAUCAAGUACCAAGAUGAGAACUCACUAGCCCAUCCCAAUCUGUUUGUUGACAAAGCGGAAGCUGAAGAGAGAUGGUUCCAGAGGCUGAUGGCCCUUCGACAAGAAAGGCUGAUGGGCAGUCCUGUGGCCUGAGCUAAUAGCCCACU